GAAGAUGAGUUGAAAACAAAGCAAUCCUCAACAUCACAAAAGCCUCUCCCUGAUAUUUCCCAUUCUCCAUCCCACUUCACUCUCCCUCCACCAGAACUAAACACGGAGAAGCAAUGUCAGUAGUGAACUGCUGCCUGUCAGUCACUUCCACCGCCGCGCCCGCUUCCCAGGACUCCCCAAACAUCUCAGCAUCGCCUUCGCAACCUGCAGGCUCAAGGCCACCGACCAAGAUUAUACUGCCAAAAAAGAAGCCAUUGAAAUGGUCCACCGGGGUGGCGCCGGGGGAUUACGGGGGCCCGCCCACCACUACCAAGCUGAGGAAAUACUGGGGUGGAGAGGAGGACCCUCUUGCCUCUGAUGACUACUUGUGGAAUAAAGAUUUCAUGGGCCGCAUGAAAAAGCUCAUUCAAGACCCUGAAGAAGGUGCCGGUGAUAGUUCCUCUGAUCCACGAUAUGCGUCUGCUAAGGAUGAGCCUUCUGGAUUUCUCAGCUUGAAUAGAGUCAUGAGCCUGGACAAUUUGGAAGUUGACUUGAGUAAACAGCUUACGACAGCUUCGGGAUCAGUAGUAGAGCAGCAAGUUGAGGAACAAAUUGUUAAGACUGCUGGUAGAAGAUGGAGACCAGCUCCAACUCGUCGUGAGCAAGAGAAGUGGGAUAGAGCUACUAAGGCUGCAACUGGAGGCAGUGAUGUCAUGUUUCGGGAAUCCAGACGCCCCCGAGGGGAUCCUGAAGUUUUGGCUGCUCAGUCAAGGGAACAGUACUAUAAGUUGAAGAACAAAUUGCAAGCACUCACACUGGGAAUCGGUGGUGUCGGAGUGCUUUCAGCCUAUUUUUCAUAUUCUCCUGAAAUUGCAGCGAGCUAUGGUGCUGGCUUGCUUGGUUCUUUGGCAUACAUGCGAAUGCUGGGCAACAGUGUUGAUUCCAUGGCAGAUGGAGCAAGGGGACUUGUCAAGGGAGCGAUCGGACAGCCACGGCUUUUGGUUCCUGUUGUCUUGGUGAUGUUGUAUAAUCGAUGGAACGGGAUUCUAGUUCCAGACUAUGGAUUCAUGCACCUUGAUUUGAUUCCGAUGCUCGUGGGGUUCUUCACUUACAAGAUUGCCACUUUCAUGCAAGCUAUCGAGGAUGCUGUGAAUGCCAUUGGCGAAAAAACACAAGCUUAACUUGACUACCUCUGCUGGUGAUGAAAAGAUUAUAGAUGUUUAUAUGUCUACGUAUUGUAUAUAGAAAUAUUCUUCAACUGAACAAUUUAAGUAUAUAUGAAAAAAGAAAAGGGAUCUCACAGUUUAUCUCCAAUUUUUUUA